AUGGCAGGGGCACGGCUGGUCUACGACUUGAACCCAAAAGGUCUUGUACCUGUGCUGGUGGACCCUUCUGGAAGAGUAGUUGUGGAGUCAGAGGACAUCGUGGAUGCCAUCGCUCAGCAAUCUUCUGCUGGCCUCAGUAAAGCCCCGGGCCCAGAUGCUGCAGAGAUUCGGCGGCUGAUCAACCAGCGCCUCCUCCCAGCUGGUAAGAAGGCCAAAAUGUUCGGGCAGCCAGGGGACUUGGGCCCAGUGCUCCAAGAUCUAGACAAAAUGGUUGCGGGCCCCUUCUUGGCUGGUGAGGAAGUCACUGUGGCCGACAUAUCGGCAGCACCAAUGCUUCAGCGGCUUUUCGAAGAUGGGAUGGUUCCACAGGAGCUCACCCAACUGCAUUCCUGGUGGAAUGCAGUCAAUGGCCUCCCUUCCUUCCAGAAGACCAUGGUGCAGUCGUACUGGUGGUGGUGGUGA